UGCGUCUGGUGUUGCAGUGGUGACUGUGUGUGAGGAGAGGACUGGGUCUGCGGCUGUGACUAGACUGUGCUGUGCUGUCGCCGGUUCGGCUCUGCUUAUCCCUGAGAAAACAAGCGGGAAUGGAGGAAGACGGGGCUGUGCCAGAAGAUCUCUCGUCUGAGGAGAGAGAAGAAUUGUUAAAUAUAAGACGGAGGAAAAAGGAGCUUAUAGAUGACAUAGAGAGGCUGAAGUUUGAAAUUGCAGAGGUGAUGACUGAAAUCGACAACCUAACGUCUGUAGAAGAAAGCAAAACCACACAGAGGAAUAAACAGAUAGCUAUGGGGAGGAAAAAAUUCAAUAUGGACCCCAAAAAGGGCAUCCAGUUCCUCCUCGAGAACGACUUGCUGCAGAACACGGCGGAGGACAUAGCGCAGUUUCUAUACAAAGGCGAAGGUCUGAACAAAACUGUCAUUGGUGAUUACCUGGGAGAAAGGGAUGAUUUUAAUAUCCUGGUACUUCAAGCAUUUGUUGAACUCCAUGAGUUUGCGGAUUUGAAUCUUGUCCAGGCAUUAAGACAGUUUUUGUGGAGCUUCAGGCUACCAGGGGAAGCCCAGAAGAUAGACAGAAUGAUGGAAGCAUUUGCAUCACGAUACUGUCUGUGUAACCCUGGAGUGUUUCAGUCUACAGAUACCUGCUACGUCCUGUCCUUUGCUAUCAUUAUGCUGAACACAAGUUUGCAUAACCCCAAUGUGAGGGAUAAGCCAUCAGUAGAGCGCUUUAUAUCUAUGAAUCGUGGCAUCAAUGAAGGUGGCGAUCUCCCAGAGGAAUUAUUAAGGGUAAUUCAUUUAUUAACUAAAGCCAUUCUGUUUUCAUAUUGCUUACUCAGUUACUGCUUUUUAUAG